AUGACUGGUCAGACUGCUUACCCAAACAGGAGGUUCCGCCUCACCCCCUCCAGACAAGGAGGAGGACCCCCAUCAGCGUCGUCAGCCACCGGACUCAGCCUAAUGGCGUCCACCGGCGGCGACGGAGGGAAGGGAGGACGGAGACGUUUUGUUGUGGGUAUAGCAAUUGGUGGUGGCAUCAGUCUUAUAUGUCUAGGUCUUUGUAUCAUAUUUGUUUGUCAGAAGUUAAGGAGUCUGCAAGCUAAGAGACUCAAGUCGAAGUACUUCGAACUAAAUCGGGGUUUGUUGUUACAACAAUUGGUGGACAAAGACAUUGCUGAAAGAAUGAUAUUUAGCUUAGAAGAACUAGAGAAGGCAACCGAGAAAUUUGACGAGUCCCGCAAACUUGGUGGUGGUGGCCAUGGUAUUGUGUACAAAGGAAUACUAUCAAAUAAGGAUGUGGUUGCCAUCAAGAAAUCCAAAAUUACUAUUCAAAGAGAAAUAGAAGAUUUCAUAAAUGAGGUGGCCAUCCUUUCACAAAUCAACCAUCGAAAUGUCGUGAGGUUGUUUGGGUGCUACCUUGAGACACAAGUCCCGCUAUUAGUUUAUGAGUUCAUUUCAAAUGGAACUCUUUCUGACUAUCUCCAUGUUGAAGGCCCAAGAUCCUUGUCUUGGAGGGAUCGAGUGAGGAUUGCUCUUGAAACUGCAAGUGCUUUGUCCUAUUUGCACUCUUCCGCUUUAACAUCGAUAAUCCAUAGAGAUGUUAAAUCUGCGAACAUUCUACUUGAUCAUCGUUUAACUGCUAAAGUAUCAGAUUUUGGAGCUUCUCGAGGUAUCGCUAUCGAUCAGACAGGACUGAAUACUGCCAUCCAAGGUACAUUUGGGUACCUAGACCCUGAGUACUACCAAACAAGUAGGUUGACUGAUAAAAGUGAUGUUUAUAGCUUUGGUGUCAUACUUGUGGAGCUUCUCACAAGAAAGAAACCAUAUGCUUUCAUGCACUCAGAAGGCGUAAGCCUUAUUGCACAGUUCAACUUGGUAUUAAGGCAAGAUAAACUAUGUGAGAUAUUAGAUCUUCAAAUCAUCUCAGAGUGUCUGGAGGGUGCAAAAGAGGUCGCAGCACUGGCAUCGACAUGCCUAAACUUGAAGGGUGAAGAGAGGCCAACCAUGAGGCAAGCGCAGAUGACACUAGAAAGGUUGUUGCUGGCAAAUAAAAACAUUGAAGAAGGGUAUCCAGAUGAGCUAAAUUGCACAUUAGCUCAAAUCAGGAACAACAAUGACAACAAUAGCAGGCAGCACAGUGCUGAGCAGGAACUCGUACAAUCAGCAAGCUUUCCUCGAUGAUUUACUUGUCAUAAAAUUAUUCAUAUUUAUUUUGAUUACUAUGUUCCUAUGGAUUAGAGCUUAUUCUAGGAAGU